GCGUACCUUCACGGCCACCGUAGUUACAGAUGUUACAACCGGCUAGCGUAUGAUUACGCUGUCUUUCAUUCAUUAAAUACACUAGACACACAAUACAGCCGGUGAAAUAUCCCAAUGAUUCAGAACGUGCAUAGAAAUGGUUCGAGUUAAACAGGGUUAUCUGGUCAUUGCCGUUGACCGAAGCCGAUGCGAGGCUGUUUAUUGACAAAGCAAUCAUUCAUCAGCUCGCCGUGCUUUGUUAGAGAGAAAUGCUUCUCGUGUCCAAAAAAUCAGCUCUUACAGUUGAUAGAUGGUGAAUUCGGGCAGCGACGAAUGAUUCUAUCGAUUGAAUCGAUUGGUUUGCAUGGCAUUAUGCGAGAACCUGAAUUCAGCUGAUGUUUACGCAUGUGGAGAGUGAACAAUGAGGAGAAAGAAAGGACAGUCAGCAUCCUUACAUCAUGUGGAUCCCUCGGAGCCAGACACUAUCAUUCCAGAGACUCCUGAAACCAAACGUCCAUCAAGAUCAUCUUUCUCCACUGCCCUUUCUGACUCUGACUCGGAUAUUGAGAUAUCAGGCAGUUCCGUGAUGCCAGUCAGGCAAGUAGAGCGUAAGAAAAAAGCAUCAUCGUCUGAGGAUGAACUAUCACUGUCUGAUGAGGAGGAAGUAACUGUAGUGAAGAUAGAGAGAAGACUGAAGCACAACAGAACAACAAGAUCUACCUCAAAAGCUCCACCAACACAACAGAAGGGGUCGCAAAUGGUGACCAAUAGCGCACACCCCUCCCCCCUGAAGACAUCCAGGAUAGCAGCGUCCGAUUCGGCCCAGGAGAGGAGACAGCAGCAGAUGUGUGGCGCUUCCCAGGAAAGCGACAGCAGAAAGAGGCGGGCUUCUGAGAUGGAUAAUUCAGAGGAAGAGGAGCCUGAGCCAGGAUCUAAAGAUCAGGAUCGUAUGCUGAGAAAACUCCAGAGGAAGUUCCCUCAUCUGAACAAGAAUGAACUCAGGGAUGUGCUUCAGGAACACAGCUGGCUUAUUGAGGAUGCCUUGGAAACACUACGAAUGUUCUCCGACCUUGUGGUUGAGUCUGAGGAUGAUGCCUCUCAAGUAUCCACUGCUGCCAAACGCACCAGACGGGUCGCAAAUACCCGCCAACAAGCUCAGGUUCCCCAACUUUCCAGCCCACCCCAACCGAAACCACGCAGACCUCUUGACGGGACCAAAACACCUCAGAGGAGUGCAAAGCAGUCGGUAGUCCCAAAAAACGUAUAUGUGAGCUCGUCUGAGGAGUGCAGUGACUCUGAGGCCUCUAUGGUGAAUGUAUUACUGGACUCUGACUCUGACCAAUCAGAGGAGUCUCUAUCCAAACUCAAAUCAGAGAUCCUCAGCUUCUUUCAGACCGCUUCUGCGGAUGAGCUCACUCUCAUUGCAGGAUGCUCCUUGAAGAAGGCUCAGAAAAUCACAGAGCUGAGACCCUUUAAAAGGUGGAAAGACCUGGAUGAUGCCAUGCACAGAGGAAAUGGUCUCUCCAUCGAGCUGCUGGCAGGAUGUCGGGAGGUUCUGAAGGAAAGGGAAGUUGUGAAAGGUCUCAUGAGCAAGUGUGAGGAGAUAUCUGUAAAACUGAUCCAAGACGUCACCCAAAUGAUGAACAAUGGCCCGGGCUCUAUGAGCCAGCCCCAGAUCCUCACUAGCACAUUCCAGUUGAAACCGUACCAGCUGAUUGGACUGAACUGGCUGGCUUUACUACAUCAGAACAAACUUAGUGGAAUCCUGGCGGAUGAGAUGGGUUUGGGGAAGACCAUCCAGGCCAUCUCGUUCCUGGCAUACCUCUAUCAGGAAGGGAACCAUGGGCCUCAUCUGAUCACCGUUCCUGCUUCUACACUUGAUAAUUGGGUUCGGGAACUGAAACUUUGGUGCCCCAGUUUCAAAGUGCUUGUAUAUUAUGGGUCUGCUGAGGAUCGCAAGUAUAUGCGCUAUGAGAUCCUGAAUCAAAUAGUGGAUUACAACAUCAUUGUCUCCACUUACAACCUGGCUAUUGGAAAUAACAGUGACCGCAGCCUGUUCUGCAAGCUUAAGCUGGAGUAUGCCGUGUUCGACGAAGGCCACUUGCUGAAGAACAUGAACUCGCUGCGCUACCGACACCUCAUGGCCAUCAACGCCAAAUAUCGACUGCUGCUCACUGGGACCCCACUGCAAAACAACCUACUCGAGCUCAUGUCCCUGCUCAACUUCAUCAUGCCCAGCAUGUUCUCCAGCAGCACUUCACAGAUCUCCAAGAUGUUCUCCAUGAAAUCUUCAGAGGAGCAGAGCAGUUUUGAGAGGGACAGGAUCACCCAGGCCAAGCUUAUCAUGAAACCCUUCAUUCUCAGACGUGUGAAGAGCGAGGUCCUGAAGCAGUUGCCUGCCAAAGAGGAGCAGGUUGAAUUUUGUGCCAUGUCCGAGAGGCAGCAGGAACUCUAUGACGCUCUUUUCCACAAACUGAAGCGCUCCAGUAACAGAGAAAGACGUGAGCUGACCAAUGUGAUGAUGCAGCUGAGAAAGAUGUCCAACCAUCCGCUCCUUCACCGGCAGCAUUAUACCACAGAAAAACUCAAAGCCAUGAGCAAACUCAUGCUCAAGGAGCCGAGUCACCGUGACGCAGAUCCCGCUCUCGUCAAAGAGGACAUGGAGGUGCUCUCUGACUUCGAGUUACACCGCCUCUGUCAGCAGUAUUCUGCACUGCAGGAAUACCAACUCGACACAGAAAUACUGCUGGACUCGGGGAAGCUCAGCCUCCUCGCACAGCUGCUGAACUCCCUGAAGGAGAAGGGUGAUCGAGUGGUGCUGUUUAGCCAGUUCACAAUGAUGCUUGACAUUUUGGAGGUGUUCCUGAGACACCAUAAGCACAGAUACAUCCGGCUGGACGGUUCAACACCCAUGAGUGACAGAAUUGGGCUGAUUGACCAGUUCAACACAGACCAGGACAUAUUUGUGUUCCUGCUCUCCACCAGAGCUGGAGGGCUGGGCAUUAACCUGACUUCUGCCAAUGUGGUCAUCCUUCACGAUAUCGACUGCAACCCUUACAAUGACAAACAGGCAGAGGGCCGCUGCCACCGGGUGGGACAAACCAAGACGGUGAAGGUGAUCAAGCUGAUAAGUAAGGACUCCAUAGAGGACGCCAUGCUUCGAAUUGGAGAAAGAAAACUCAAACUAGAGCAGCACAUGACCGCAACUUCAACUGAGGAGGAUGAAGAGGACACCUUACCUGAUGAUAUGACCUCGCUGCUCAAAGCUUCUCUUGGACUCUGAAAUCUGGCUCAGAAACCGUGACACUUGACUGAAUCUGAAAGAAAAGAAGAACUGUACCACAUUUAAGUUUUGCAUUUUCCUACAACACUUGCAAAAAUGUGAGAUUCAAAUGAGCAGAUGUUUAGUUUUCUACUGUACUUGGCAAAAAUACUGUAAUGUGUUUGUGUUUGUGGAGUUUUAUAUCUGCAUUUAUUUAAAUACAAAAAAAAAAUGUUGUUGAAAGAAUUUUUGUUUUGCAAAUAAAUUGUUUAUUUGCU